AUGACUCUUUUACCUGAAUUAGGAGAACAAAAUGCUAGUUUAUAUUUAUCACCUGGAGCGGCAGAUAUGAGGUUGAUGAAUGCUUUGGAAAGUGGUGCUGCGUAUAUCGAAGGAGAUCCUACGGAAGAUAGGGAUUUGGAGUUGUUUUAUUACCGUUUCCCUGACAUUCAGUCCGGCUCAACAGCUAUACACCCAGGUAUCAACCGCAUUUCUCUUAAAUUACAACGAAGACAAGAUACCUCUUCCGCCGCUCCUCAACCAGGUACAGAUGACACUCCCUUACCCUCCCCUCCCGCUCAAGAUCUAUUCGACUCAUCAGGUUUACCUCAUCCUCACAUCUACAAACCGCUCUUCGAUCUUUUCUUCAAACACGCUUCUCAACAUUUCCCUUCCGUCUCACGUCAACGUAUGGAUGAAAGAUUCGAAACUGGUACCAUGUCAGCAUUCCAAGCAUGCUGCAUCUGUGCCAUAGGUGCAAGAUUUUCUGAAUCAGCAAAAGAAGCUCCUAUCGACGCUUGUGCUCCAUUCAUAGCGAAAGCACAAGAACUCAUAAUCCCCUUACUUCAUUUACCGACAUACGACGUUACAACAGGUUUACUUCUUCUUUCCUGGGCAAACUUUGGACAGAAUAGCGAAAGUGGUUUAUGGCAAUUUUCAGGUAUGGCAGCACGUAUGUCUGAAGAUUUAGGAAUACAUGAAAAUUCUGAAAUAUACGAAUCACCUGCUCAUGUCGUUAGGACAAGAUUAUUAUUUUGGUCUUUAUUCGUAACGGAUAGAAUUGUUGCUUUUGCUACUGGUAGACCUGCAAGUAUAAGGGAAGAUAUUAUAGAAAUACCUUUACCUGAAGAUGCGGAUUUUUUCCCUGAUCCAGCUAGGAAUAAACCUGGAGAUCCACAGGAACAAGUUGAACCUGUACCUUAUGUGCAACUGGUGAAACUUAUGAUUAUUUGUGGAAGAAUCAGUAAUGUUCUCAAUGGAAGAAGAGGAAGAGCUAGGACUUUGGUCAAUACUCCUGAACCAUUAGCUCAACAAUUGGCGGAAUUACAGGUUAGGUUAGUUAGGUUUGUAUCGACUUUACCGGAAAGUUUGAAAUGGUCGGCAGAUAAUUUCAAACAUCAAGAAGCAAGAGGACAUGGGGGAACAUUCCUAGCGUUACAUUUAUGGGCCAACGCAGUUCUUGCUUUGGUCUAUCAUCCCGAUCUCCUCAAAAGUCCCUCUGGGAUAGAAACUCCCUUGAAUCAGAGCAUGAACCGAUCUAUCAAAUUGGCAUUAGCGAGUAGUCGACAGAUAGUAGAGUGUAUGGUAUUUUCCGAUUUAGUCAGUCAAACGGCAUAUACUUCUUCGCCGUAUUUGGUUCAACCGUUGUACGUUGCUGCGAUGGCCCUUCUACACGAAAUGAGAGCGACAGAAGCUGUAGCUGUGGAUCAGAAUGGUAUAGCCAGUACAAACCCGACAAACAUGUUCCUCCUCUCAGUCGCGCGUCAAAACUUCUCAGCUGUUAUGGGUGCUAUUUUGAAGACUGAGCAAUAUUGGGCGGGAGUGACUUAUGUCUCUACAAUCUUGGAGAAACGUGGGUCAAAGUUUCUUCACUCUUCACCACUCUUCCCAGUACUGUACACCCUCCGCCUCAGUUUCGCCUCUCCUCUCUUGUUACUUAAUCACCCGUCUCAUUCGAUCAUUUCUCGCACAGGUCGGGUCAUCUUCCUGGACGAUCUUUCCUGUUUGUUAUUUUAUCAUAAAUGA